AGUAACUUACUUCAUGAUUGUUGAGCAACAGUUCCUUUUCAAAAUAUUCAAUAUUUUAUUUUAAAAUUAUUUCUAUUUCCAGACAUAAAUUAUCAAACUUUUAUACAUAUAAAUAUUUUGAAUUUGAUUAAUGUACUGUUAAUUAGUUCUUCAAACAACAUUUUCAUUAAACCAUUAUACAAUAUUAUAUUGGUUUAAACUACUACCUACGCUUGCUGAUUACCAAUGCUAUUAUGUCUUUGAAUGAAAAAAAUGCUUCAGAACUUGAAUUUCAACAUGUUCAUGACGUUUAUGAAAACAUAGCAUCACAUUUUAGUGAAACUCGACAGAAACCUUGGCCGAAUGUUGUUAAGUUUUUAAACAAAUCUAAACCUGGUUCAAUUGUCUUAGAUGUUGGUUGCGGAAAUGCUAAAUAUUUUACUAAUACUUCUGAUAUAUUCCAGUUAGGUUGUGAUCGAAGUACUCAAUUAGCUCAAAUAUGCAAAAAUCGUAACCAUCAAGUAUUUAACUGUGAUUGUCUUCAAUUACCAAUACGUUCGAAUUGCGUGGAUUUGUGUAUUAGUAUAGCAGUUCUCCAUCAUUUGGCCACAAGCGAUCGACGUUUAAAAGCUUUAAAGGAAAUUAACAGGGUACUAGCAGUCGGAGGCCAAGCACUUGUAUAUGUGUGGGCUAAAGAACAAUGCAGAAAUCAAAACUUAUCUACUUAUUUAAAACAGAGCAAGAUUAAUAAACCUAAAGCUGUGUCAACACCUGAAGUAACUAAAGAAUUUUGUGUGGAAUCAAUUGACAUUAAUCUACCAAUACAUACAAACCGUUCCAAUUUUGUACAUAAUGACUUGCUAGUUCCAUGGAAGUUGAAUCAAAAGAAAGAACAAGAAAAUGAAUCUAAAACACAUCUAAGAUAUUAUCAUGUAUUUGAAGAAUCUGAAUUGAAAUUAUUGUGUGAACAAAUUGAUAACUGUAAAGUGAUUGAUUAUUAUUACGAUCAGGGUAACUGGUGUGUAAUAUUUGAAAAAAUUACAAUUUAGUACUUGUA